AUGGAAGGCCAGCUCACGGGCAGCGACCUGCCGAGUGCGAGUUUUAUGGAGAGGGUGGCGAAGUGGUGCCUGACGAAGCCCCUCAGCCACUGGCUGAACAAGCCCUUUGUCAUCCCUCGCCAUGUGCUGCUGGGCUCCAAGACGAGGCUCCGCUUCGUGUUGGCGCUAUGUGGUGCUGGCACCACGGCCUUGCCGCCGGACCGCUGUCUCUGGAUGAGGCUACUUCUUGGCUGCCCUGUGCUGAAGAGCUUCGUCUCGGUGGAGGCGGGUGGCAUGGUCACCUUGGGUGAGGCCCCCUACUACGGGGACACCUUCCAGGCGUUUUCCGUCGGGCGAGAACUGCCAGGGGUGGAGAUUGAGAUGCUGAAGCUCAACCUCCCGGAGGAUUUUCCUCCGCUCAGCGUGCUCGGUUCUCAUGAGGCAGACAUCGAGCUGGGCACUUUGAAAGUCAAGGGCCUUGCCACGGAGGAGGCCAAAGUGGGCAUUGUGGUUGGCCGGCGCGAUCAAGACCUGUUUGUCUAUGGUCGCCUAGUGUCCCUGCAGGAGUCUUCCCUGAAGCGGGGUGCUCUCUGCGAGGCGUUGGAGCAGCUCCUGCUCCAGGUCACUGGCCCUUGGCUGAUGCAACUCCUUUUGGUGGCGAAGCCACAGGGAGUUGUCGGCGUGGCUGCCGUGCGCCUUGAGGAGGUUUGGAGGCUGGCGAGAUUCUGGAGCAUCGACAGGGCUUCGAGCAGUGAGGACCUCUGCAAAGACCAGCGUGUCAUCAGUGUUUGCCUCCGUGAGCUCCACAAGCACGCCGCAAAGUUCGGCUUUUCUGAUGCGGAGAUGCCCCGCGCCCUGCGCCUGCAGGCCACGCCCUUCUCGUUGGAGGCGGGUCUCCAGACGCCGACCUUCCAACUGCGGCGCGAUCAGCUCCUUCCGCGCGUCUCGCAUGUCAUCGAGGAGCUCUAUGAUAGCUUGGAUGGCUCCCCGGAGUCGCAGAAGGACUUCAUCGUCGAGCGCAAGAGGAGGGGCAGCUUCUUCAGCAAGAAGAAGUCUUUUCCAACGCUGGAGUGGCUUUGA